AUGGACCCUCGCAUUGUCCUUGUGCUCCUCCUGCUAUCUCCCCUCACGGCAGCAGUUGUGGCGGAGAGCUCGCCGGAGUGCGAUACGAGUAACAUGGGGGAGUGCUACGACCGGCCUAAGGCCCUGAAGCUGAAGGUCAUCGCCAUCGCCACCAUUCUCGUCGCCAGCAUGAUCGGCAUCUGCUUGCCGCUCUUCUCCCGGUCGGUGCCGGCACUAUCCCCGGACAGGAACCUCUUCUUCGUGGUGAAGGCCUUCGCUUCGGGGGUCAUCCUCUCCACGGGCUUCAUGCACGUUCUGCCGGACUCCUUCGCGAUGCUGCAAUCGCCGUGUUUGCCGAGCAAUCCAUGGCAGAAGUUCCCCUUCUCGGCCUUCGUCGCCAUGCUCUCCUCCGUUGCCACCCUCAUGCUGGACUCCUUCUCCAUGUCCUUCUACAGCCGCCGCCACCGGGAGAAGGUGGAGGCAAUGGAAGGCGGUGCCACCCCGACGGUGCAGAUGGUCUCCGCCGUGCACACCCACGGCCACUGCCCCUCCAUCCUGCUGGAGACUAAGAACGAUGAGGAUAACGCUUCCUUGAGGAGGAACCGCGUCAUUGCUCAGGUUGGUAUCCCUCCUAGGCCAUCCGAAAUAGCUCUCUCAGAUAAAACCCAGCUCCCUCUUCUCUUCUCCUUCAACAUCUUAUACUCCUUUUUCGUCUUCGUCUUCGUCUUCGUCUUCGUCUUCGUCUUCGUCUUCGUCUUCGUCUUCGUCUUCUUCUUCUUCUCAUCCUCGUUCUUGGGAUCUGCUCAGCAGAACCAGAGAGUCUCUCAGAGACAUCCUCUGAAGAUCCAGAGGAUCUGUGAGACGAUCACAUGGGUCGCUGGGUCGUUGGCAGGAUGCAGUGUAUGGCGAUGGAGAGGCGGCGAUCAGCCGUCUCCCUUGACCCACACCUAAUCAGCUGACGCCGUCAUUCAAUUCAUUCCGGCUAGACGACGAACUCGGUCCUGCCGCGUCUACGGCCACCCCCUAUGAGUUUCUCUGUUGUUGAAUCCUAAAACCCUGUAAAACCUUAGGGCGACAAGAUUUUCAUUGUCAUGCCGUGUGACACGACCUUUCUUCUCAGCCUCCCUCCUUUGUGACUGUUUCCACUGAAUAUAGAGAAUAAAGGGCCAGAGAGAAGAUAGACACGCACAUAUAUACAGACAGCGAGAGGAGUGAAAGGGAGCAGGUUCCCGUCUACAUCACGCCUGCCUUCCAAAAGAACGGGCACUUUUUUAGUACAAAUUUUGAAUUCACAAAUUGAAUAUUUUAUGUCGAGUAACUCAUACUACUUCUUAAGUAGGUGAGCAAGAGCGAGAGCGAGCGAGAGCGAGCGAGAGAGAGAGAGAGAGAGAGAGAGAGAGAGAGAGUCACCAACAGGGGUAGAGGUAGGUGGAUUAGUAACUCGAGCCGAUUCUGGGAGUGAGCUCUUAUUCAAUCAGUGGACUCGGCCGACCCACAUGGGGGACAUGAACACCACACACCGACCGGAGAUUAUCUUCGUGAUCAGCAAGACAAGUCCUCCACCCGGGACGGGGCCAAACUACUUUAAUGAGUACAAGGAAGCUAACGUCUCUUCUUCCUGAUCCUUUCAGGUUUUGGAGCUCGGGAUCGUCGUCCACUCGAUUGUUAUCGGACUCUCCAUGGGCGCCUCCCAGAACCCAUGCACCAUCCGCCCCUUGGUCGCGGCCCUGUGCUUCCAUCAGUUCUUCGAAGGGAUGGGCCUAGGCGGUUGCAUCCUCCAGGUGAAGCCCCUUUCCUUUCCUUAAUUACCCAUCAACAAAAAUAUCUAUAUAUAUAGUUAUUUGUCCCUUUAUGCAUGUCUUUGUUGAUUAUGCGCAUCCUUCAGGUGAAGAUUCCCCCCAUUCAAUGCCUCCAUCGACAAAUAGCCAUAUACACAUAUAGUUUGGACUGCAUAACUAAGCAGACAUGCUGAUAAUGUGCAUCCUUCAGGCAGAGUAUGGCUUUGGGAUGAAGGCGAUCAUGGUCUUCUUCUUCGCCACAACCACGCCGUUCGGUGUCGCCCUCGGAAUCGGCUUGUCAAACGUGUACAGCGACAACAGCCCCACAGCGCUCAUGGUGAUAGGCCUGCUGAACGCGUCCUCUUCGGGGCUCCUCAUAUACAUGGCCCUGGUUGACCUCCUGGCGGCUGACUUUCUCGGGCAUAAGCUGCAGAGCAACGUCAAGCUGCAGGGAUGGGGAUAUGUCGCCGUCUUGCUGGGGAUCGGAGGGAUGUCUCUCAUGGCCAAAUGGGCUUAG